AUGGCUUUACAUAUACCAAAAGCACCGGGUGUACCCCAAAUGUUAAAAGAUGGAGCUCGGAUGUUUUCGGGAUUAGAAGAAGCAGUAUAUCGUAACAUAAAUGCAUGCAAACAAUUUGCCCAAAGUGUGCGCUCAGCAUAUGGCCCGAAUGGUAUGAAUAAAAUGAUUAUCAAUCACAUUGACAAACAGUUUGUGACAAGUGAUGCUGGAACUAUAAUCAGGGAAUUGGAUGUUGAGCAUCCAGCCGCUAAGUUAAUGGUUCUAGCUAGUCAAAUGCAAGAUGCCGAGGUCGGAGAUGGUACAAACUUUGUAAUUGUAUUAUCUGGAGCCCUCCUUGAGGCAGCUGAGGAACUUCUACGUCUAGGUGUAACAACCAGCGAAAUUGCGGAAGGAUAUGAAAAGGCCCUUGAUAAAUGCCUAGAAAUCCUGCCCCAGUUAAUCUGUGAUGAAAUUAAAGAUUGCAGAAAUAUGGAUGCUGUUAUCAAAGGCAUUAAACCAUCUAUCAUGUCCAAACAGUAUGGUAAUGAAGACUUCAUUGCUGGGCUAGUAGCAAAAGCUUGUGUGGCUAUUCUACCAGAAAAUACAACAUUUAAUGUUGAUAACGUCAGGAUAUGCAAGAUUCUUGGUGCUGGGCUAUUACAGUCCGAGGUAUUGUCAGGAAUGGUUUUCAAGAGAGAAGUUGAGGGUGAUGUCGCCAGUGCAUCAAAGGCCAAAGUAGCUGUUUAUUCCUGUCCCGUUGACAUCACUCAAACUGAAACAAAGGGAACCGUACUCAUCAAAACAGCCGAUGAACUACUUAACUUCAGCAAAGGAGAGGAGUCUUUGUUAGAAAAACAGAUUAAAGCUAUCGCUGAUACUGGUGUAAAAGUUAUCGUUGCUGGAGCUAAGUUUGGUGAUAUGGCAUUACAUUUCCUCAAUAAAUAUAACAUUAUGGCGGUUCGUCUUAACUCAAAGUUUGAUAUCCGUCGUCUCGCUAAGACUGUUAAUGCUACUGUACUGCCAAAAUUGACAACUCCAACAGCCGAGGAGCUUGGUUACUGUGACACAGUAAGAGUUGAUGAAGUCGGUGACACAAGAGUAGUUGUCUUCAGUAUGGAAAGCAGCGAAUCUAGGAUUUCAACAGUCGUUAUCAGAGGUUCAACUGACAAUUACAUGGACGACAUUGAAAGAGCUAUUAACGAUGGUGUUAACACAUUCAAGGGAAUAGCAAGAGAUGGAAGAUUCUUGGCUGGCGCUGGAGCCACUGAAAUUGAAUUAGCUCAACAGCUUUUGCAGUAUGCAGAUACACUUCCAGGACUUGAGCAAUAUGCAGUUCGUAAGUUUGCUGUAGCUCUUGAAGGUGUUCCGAAAGCACUUGCAGAAAAUUCUGGUGCAAAUGCCACUGAAGUAGUGAACAAUAUCUAUAAAGCACACAGGGAAAACAACAAGUAUGCUGGUUUUGAUAUUGAAUCUGAGAGUGCUGGAAUUUGUGAUGCAAAGGAAAAGGGAAUUUUAGAUUUAUAUGUCUUAAAAUACUGGGGCCUUAAAUAUGCUGUUGGUGCUGCAACAACAAUUUUGAAAGUUGAUCAAAUCAUUAUGGCUAAGAGGGCAGGAGGGCCAAAAGCACCCAAACAAAAUGCUGGCAGUGAUGAUGAGUCUUAA